CGUUACUUUGCAUUGCCAAGUAAGUGUGUCCCUGUCCAUGUGUGUAAUCACGGCCUGCACAUUAAAUGUCGUUUUCCAAUGUAAUAAUCAUGCGACAGCCCGACGAGGGCAGGUGUCACAUUUGUAAGCGGGUUUUUUGUUGCGGCCAGUGCCGCCAGAAGCACCAGUUCAAGGCCCACGCCAUCGCUGUGCGCGAACCACUGGGGUUAAAAGCCUGCGGCGCAGACGGCGUCGGCGGGAUCAAAGAGCACUGCCAUAGGAUGGAGUCCGGAGCAACCACUAUCUACGUGUUCUGUCCGAUCUGCGAGCGGCGGCCGCUCCUGCUGCGCGAGGAGAUGCAUGGCGAGCUGCUGGCCCACAUCGAAACCUGCCACCUGCCGCUGCGGUGCCGCAAGUGCCAGCGCAACUACACCCACAUCGACGACCUGCGCGAGUUCAGCAAGUGCGUGGACCAGGCGCAGAGCUGCACGGAAGCAGGCUGCACCGACCUCAGCGGCGAGACAGAGGCCUCCAGGGCAACGGUAAAGAAGGCGUGCAACAGCACCGCCAUUUCUACGCAGACGUCGCCCGGUGUGACGCCUAUAUCGCUUAUCAAUAUGCGGUGGAAGGCCAAGAGCCGCGUCACCCACGAAGAGUUCAUUAGCGACAGCGUCUCCUCCAUCCGCAACCUCUCCUCCUUCAGCAACAGCUCAACCCAGCGUUCCGCCGGCCACCUGGGCGUGAAUCCGCCGGCAACCGUGGAGAAGGGUAAGGUCAUAAGGUCAACCUCUACUCCGCUGCAGUUGGAGCCGGUGUUCGCCAAGCCUAAAGAGCCGGUCACCUUCAACGCCUCCCACGGCGGGCAUGUGUCCAGCAUUUACCAUGAGGAGCCGGUGGCUAGUCCACCCCAAGAAAGCAAUCCCUCCCAGCAGCAGCAGCCUCCGCAACAGCGCGCCUGGAAGAUGGGCGCCCGCAACAAGAUGAGCGCCGCCACACCGCUGCGGCAGGUCAUGUCGAAAAGUAUCCAGAAGGCCUUCGUGGAGCAUGGCGGCAUGCUGACGCAGCCCGCGUCCGCGGUUAUCCAGCGCCGGGUUCGCCUCGAUCUCAGCGAGCACAGCUCCUGCGAGGCGGCCGCCGGAGGGUCCUCCGCGCUGGACCUGCGCCUCUCCCCAGCCCUGCGGCGCACCCAGAGCGAGAUUAGCAGCUCAGAGGUCAGCUCCUGCUCGCAAAAUGUCGACCUUUACAAGCGGCCGUUCCUGCUGUCCGCUCAGAAACUCACCACCGAGUCAAUCAUUAUCACCCGGAUGAACUCCAACUCUCAGGAGAGCUCCUCCACGGUGUACAACUCCUGCGAAAGUGUGGAGAUCAUCUGCUCCACCUCGGAGCCAGCUGCUGUCCAUGUGCCGGCCAUAACGCCCAUCCGCGUCACUGGUGCUGGAAUCAACAAGAAGCAGAUCAAAUUCGAGACUCCGCCUAAGAGCGGCCAGCAGCUGGUCGCCCGUGGCGAGGCCGAAGACUCAAAGGACCAGUUCUUCACACCCGAUUCUGGGACGCCGGAGCGACCAGAGCGGGUGCGGCGUCGCCAGCCGAUCGUACCGCGCCAGUUAAGCGGUGAGUUCUCGCCCAGAAAGAACAAUUUCAAGGAGAAGGAGCUGACGGUAUUGACUUUGGUUUCCUCGCCACUGCAGCGCCCAAGGGCGCGUCCUCCGCUGCGUGAGUGCCGACAGAGCAGGGCCUUCAGCGGCGUGCAGGAUGUGGGCGAACCCGAGACUCAGGACGAGGAGGAGGAGGACGAGGUGUUCCGGCCCACGAACGCCUCCACGUGCAACGAGAAAAAGCAGGAGCCACCCAGCUCUGGUCGCCUAUGGUCGCUGAUGAGCUCCAUGAUGCGCCUGCCGGCCAGCUUGCGUGGCGAGCGAGACAAGGACCAGCACCAGGAGCGGGACAAGGAGAACGCCGGCUCGGGCUCCAUUAUACGCCGGUGCGCCUCUAUCGCCGGGUCCCUCGUGCGCCCUGGCACCAAGGAGUCUUCCGUUGAGGACCAACAGACCCUUAAGCGAAAGCGCACGCACACGCUGGACAACCAGUACUGCGGUCCUGUAUCGCCGUCCAGCUCCUCGAAGCGCUACCGCAUCCGGUCCCGGGAGCCUAUUGAGCGGAUGCGGCGCCAAUAGCGAUUAAGCUUUUAUCUGAGAAAUUAUGUUUUAAUCGAGAAUCUGUUUUAAAAUUUUAAUAAAUGUUCCGUCUUGCA